AUGAGUACUUCCGGUUACUACGAGCUGUACCGUCGAAGCACAGUAGGAGCUACGCUGGUAGACGCACUGGAUACCCUGAUAAGUGAUGGACGGAUCGAAGCGUCGCUCGCAAUGAAGGUUUUAGGUACAUUCGAUAGAGUCGUGGCGGAAACCUUGAAGGACAAGACACAGAGCAAGCUUACGUUCAAGGGACAUCUCGAUACAUACCGUUUCUGCGAUGAUGUAUGGACAUUUAUCAUCAAGAAUUGCAGCGUGAAACUCGAGCAGACCGAGGACGCACAAGGCAAUACCGUUGUAGUCGACAAAGUUCGGAUCGUAGCCUGCAACUCAAAGAAAACGGGCGAGCAGUAA